AACGAAUUUUUUAUCAUCAUGGUUUAUCCAAGAUUUCUACUCGAAUGGUAAGUGGAGAGCUGUAAUACACAUCUGAUGAUUCUUAGCAAGGAUGUCAAGUAUUGCAGUGCAGUAGGCAGCUUUAUUGCAGUAGAUGUCUACUCUGUAUCAAAAUGGAUAGAGAAAGUAACAUGAGUCAAUGUUCUUCAGCAGAUUGCACGGCUGAGACAUCCAAGAUCUUUCAGCUGCAGACUGGCUCAGCCCGAGACAGUCACUUUAAAUCUAAGAGUGCAGACAUCUUUGGGUCAUUGGAGGUGAUGGAGCAGAAGUAUGAAUCUGAAACCAAAAGUUUCAAAGUCGUUGAUGAUGAUGAAGGUGGGGAUAAGGAGGAAAGAAGAUUUAUUGAGAGAGGUUGUAUCUUUAAGAAGCCUGUCAGAUCUGAAUCUGACACUCUGUCAGGGAAAGAUGACUUAAAGACAAACCAAGACAGAGAUGUUCCUGGACAUCACAGCAGCCUCGUCUCCAAGUCUCACUCUCCAGGUACUGAAGCUAAGCAGUCAAUAAGAUCAACACGGGAUACUAAAACCAUCUUCCUUAAACCUGGCAUCCACCCAAAGAGCAAAGAGUCUAAAGAGGAAACGACUACCAACAGACCUCCUGAUUGGAGUAGAGGACACAGGCAGGGAGCUUGGAAUAGAAGGCCUAGAGGUGGAAGACGUCAACCACCUGACCACUUUAUGAAUCCUGAAAAGUACACCAAGUACUCACUAGAAGAGACUAACAUGUGUGGAAAUGCAGCUAAUAGAAGUGUUGCUUUAGGCUUUCUGAAUGACUUAAAGAAGAGGAAGGAGGAAGAGUCAACGUCAUCCACCGAAACCGAGGUUUGUGUAGACGGUAAACAUGUCUUCCAGAAACCAGUUUUAUCCAAAGAGUCGACGGAACAAUCUCCCAAGAGAAAGGUUUAUGGCAGUGUGUACAAAAUGGCAGACUAUGAAGUAGGUAUGAGUUCUUCAGUGCAGAAACCAAAGAAGCUGAAGUUGAUGGAUUCACUGAAGCAGAAGACCGACGAUCAUGUCUUGGAUCAUCUCAGUGACAAAACAGAGACUGGUAUUAACCAAUCAGAAGACAGCUUCACACAAGAGGAAUCAAUGAGCAACCAGUCAGAGCAGGAUAAAGAGUCAAGCUUCAAGAGCAGGAAAUUUAAGCAGAGAAAGCGGCUUAGGGAAAGGACUGAUGACAGUUAGUUAUGAACUCUCAGAACAUUGUCAAAGAUUAUCUUUUUUUUAAUUGGUUAAGAGUGCUUGAAAUAAUGUCUUAUUUUUACUAGGAGGCUGAACGGCAAGAUACUAUACCUGUAGCAACCAAUGUACUAUCCCAUGGCAACUGAUGUACUAACCCAUGCAACCAAUUGUCUAUACCCUUAGCAACAGCAGCUUCUUGGUACCUAGACGCCUAGGCAUUGGGGUGUUAUUAAACAAAUAUUGACUGCUUUUAUUCGUGCUACGGUUAAAACUAAAUUAGGACGCCCUCACUGAUUCUUGGAGCAGUCUACUAUCCCUAGAUGAAGUGGAGGGAAAAUAGAACCUGCCAGGGAUCGCCUCGGGCAUCGUAGUUUAAACACAUGAAGCAGUCAAUAUCUGUAUACCACUGGUUUUUAAAAAUUUGUAUGCAUGGCUCAAAACUGAAGAAAACAAAUUACAAGACUGCAGGGCUUGUAGCUCUACAAAAAAUGACAAUAAUUUAUUUUACAAUGCCAGGAUCAAAAUGAGUUGAACAAGCACUCGUAGAAGAUAUGUCCCAUUUGUGUUUUAUGCAUGAGUGUGUGUUCUUCGAUACUUUUGAAAGAGUCACUAUUUACCGUCAAUAUUUGGUCACAAGAAAAUUGCACAAUGAGAAAAUGUAUUCAAUUGAAAAAACACAAGACCACCGGGCCUGUCCUAUAGUAUACAAUUGUUGCACUCUGUGACGGGGUCCAUUACCGAGGGGGAAAUUGCACCCGAGGUGAAGCAAAACCCAUGGACCCCAAAUCACAGCGUGCAACAAUUGUCUUGUUAUACCAUGGUAACACGAUUAUUCCUCUUC